CAUUUCAAAACGUACACGCUCAGACCCAAGCAGGAACACCGCCACCUGCUCUCUCUGCUUUCUUGACAUCCGAGGAUACGGUGUUUUGGUUGGUGAUUGAUGUGAAUAUUUGAAUAUAGAAAACAUUAUUUUUUACGAAUAAAAGAAGAGAUUUUUCAAUGCUGAGUUUCAAUAGGAUCAGAGCUCAGCCGAGGUCCAAUAGAUCUAUGUCUCUAGGAGGCAUGGAUUAUGCGGAUCCAAAGAAGAAGAACAAUUUUUGUGGUAAAAUCUUGAUGGUUUCCACUCUUACAGCUUUGUGCAUUCUUAUGCUCAAGCACUCCCCAACUUUCAACACCCCAAGCCAAUUCUCCAGUCAUGAACCUGGUGUGACUCAUGUAUUGGUAACCGGAGGUGCUGGAUACAUUGGUUCACAUGCAGCGUUGCGACUUCUGAAGGAUUUUUACCGUGUAACCAUAGUGGACAAUCUCUCACGAGGGAACCUUGGUGCCAUUCAUGUCCUCCAACAAUUAUUUCCUGAGCCGGGGAGGCUUCAGUUUAUUUAUGCUGAUCUAGGAGAUGCUAAAUCGGUCCGGAAAAUUUUCUCUGAGAAUGCAUUUGAUGCAGUGAUGCAUUUUGCUGCCGUGGCAUAUGUUGGAGAGAGUACUAUGGAUCCUCUCAAGUAUUAUCACAAUAUUACAUCAAACACUCUUGUUGUAUUAGAAGCCAUGGCGGCUCAUGAAGUGAAGACAUUAAUUUAUUCUAGCACGUGUGCAACAUACGGGGAACCUGACCAGAUGCCAAUUACAGAAGAAACCCCACAGGUUCCCAUAAAUCCAUACGGAAAAGCCAAGAAAAUGGCAGAGGAUAUCAUUCUUGAUUUUCAUAAGAACUCUGAUAUGGCUGUCAUGAUUUUAAGAUACUUCAAUGUGAUUGGUUCGGAUCCUGAGGGAAGGCUCGGUGAAGCUCCCCGGCCUGAACUACGUGAACAUGGACGGAUAUCUGGUGCGUGUUUCGAUGCUGCUCGUGGAAUAAUACCGGGUCUCAAGGUUCGUGGAACAGAUUACAAGACUUCAGACGGCACCUGCAUCCGGGACUACAUUGAUGUCACUGAUCUAGUGGACGCUCAUGCCAAAGCCCUCGAGAAAGCCAAGCCCGGGCAUGUAGGCAUCUACAACGUUGGUACAGGAAAAGGCAGUUCAGUGAAUGAGUUCGUGGCAGCCUGCAAGAAGGCGACGGGGGUGCCCAUAAAAGUCGAAUUCCUUCCCCGCAGGCCCGGUGAUUAUGCAGAAGUGUACAGCGACCCGUCCAAGAUCAAGAAUGAGCUGAACUGGACAGCGAGACACACCAACCUCGAAGAGAGCUUGCAGGUCGCGUGGAGAUGGCAGAAGGCACACCAGAAUGGGUACGGCGCUCCUCUGAUGAUGUCUGCGUAAAUAGAAGCUCGAGAUAUUUGGAUUCGGAGGACUAACAUGAACGGAACCCCACGUCCGAGCCUUGGUUUCGGGAAGUUUUUCGUAGAGUUGGAGUGAGAAAGAGAGAGAGAUGUAUUCUUUUACAUCUCUAUUCAGAUACAUUUGAUAGAAUGGUAGGGAUGACAAUAUAUAAUGAUUAUGAUUUGGAGACAUUUUUAGUUGAAUAAUAGUUUAUGAGAGGUAUAGAUUAUUCUUGUAUUAUAGCAUAGCUUAUAAUUAUUGUAGCAAUUCUUGAAUGAAAAAUCCUUUGGUUAUUCUUCAA